ACUUCAACUGUACAUGCUAAUGAAGCAAACUGAAUCAAUAGCACACCCCUCUCUUACCUACUCCCUCUAUUACCACAGCAAUCAUGACUCAUCUUUGUACUGCGAACAUACCGGUCAAAUCUCCCCAGAGAUAUAGUUAGAGGAGGAUGUCAGAGAAAGUAGAAAAUAACGAGAAAUUGAAUGGAAGAGAGCAAGAUGGGAAGGGGUGAAAGGAAUAGCCAGGGAGAGGAGUAAAAAACCUGUUUGAGCAGAUGUCAGAGAGAAGCUAAGAGAGAGUGAGGCUAUGCAAGAGGGAGGGGAGGAGUAAAAGCCCUACUGUAGGAUUUUAUUCACCCAUUCAGAGCGCAGAGGUAAGGCUGCUCACAGGUGAUGUGCAAGAGUAGAGUGAAGAGGGGGGAGGAUCAGUAGAGCGAGGGGGAUAACUGAACCGCUGCCACUUCUCAACAAAGGAGCUCACACUAGUGAAGAGCCUCUCUCAGCCUCAUCUCAGUUCGUCUCCCCAGAUUCGCCCGCCUGGUCCAGUGUCAUACAGGGCUUUCGAGAUGCUUCGUUAGAACAGUGGGAGGCAGGAGGAGUGCGAAUGUGGGGAUGAAAUGCGCAGUAAUCAAAGAGAGAGGGAGAUAAAAGGAUAUUGUUUCCAUGAAGGGCAGAUUGGAAGGGACACAGAGGUUUGAGCGGGCACUCCGAGGCUGUGUGUGUGUGUGCGUUAGAUUGUGUGUGCGUGUAAGUGUCAGCUUGGCUGCAUGCCCCAUCUGUGAGCUAAUCUGGAAUAUGGAUUUUGAAAUGAGGAGCAGCACUUUAAGGGCUAUACAGUGAUGGUGGUCUGCAAGGAUACGAAGCUGUGUCGUAUCAGAGGGCAGCGUGGGUAAAAGUUAUGCGGCGCUUCACCCUGUACCACUGCCACCCUCUUCUGGAUGGGGCUCUGCUGCUACUGCUGGCUAGCUGCGCCAUGGGCUGCCCCGCCCGCUGCGAUUGCUCCGCCCAGACCAAGUCAGUCAGCUGCCAUCGCAAGCGCCUGCCCACCAUCCCUGAGGGCAUCCCCAUCGAGACCCGGCUUCUGGACCUGAGCAAGAACAAGCUGCGGAGCAUCACCCCAGACAACUUCUCCUCCUUCCUACAACUGGAGGAUCUGGACCUCAGCGAUAACCUGAUUGGCGUGGUCGAACCGGGCUCCUUCAAAUUUCAGCUCUCCCUGCGCUCGCUGAACUUCCACAGCAACCUCCUCCAGCUGGUCCCUGCCGGCGUGCUCUCCGGCCUGGCCAACCUCACAAGUCUGGACCUCAGCCACAACAGGCUGGUGGUGCUGCUGGACCAUGGCUUCCAGGACCUUCGGAGGCUGGUGUCCCUGGAGGUAGGCGACAAUGAGCUGGUGUUCAUCUCCCAGAGGGCCUUCACGGGCCUGCUGGGCCUACAGAGCCUCACCCUGGAGCGCUGCAACCUGACUGUGGUGCCCACCGAUGCCCUGGGGCACCUGCACAGCCUGGUGGAGCUCCGCCUGCGCCACUUGGGCAUCGGCACCCUGAAGCCCUAUUCCUUCAAGAGACUUCCCCGUCUUCGCCACCUGGAGAUCGACUACUGGCCCUGGUUGGAAGUCUUACCCGCUCUGUCACUACAUAGCCUCAACCUCACCACGCUCUCUGUCACCAAUACCAACUUGUCGUCCUUCCCCGGCCAUGCUCUACGCAACCUGCCCUACCUCACGCACCUCAACCUGUCCUUCUGCCACAUCCAGCACAUCCAGCAAGGGGUGCUAGACCAGCUUCCGCGACUGCAGGAGUUGCACCUGCGAGGAGCUCAACUGGUUUACAUUGAACCCCUGGCCUUCCUGGGCCUCCCAGCACUACAUAUGUUGGACGUGUCCCACAACCAGCUGGACUCAGUGGAGCGAGCUGUGUUCAAGUCCCCUGACAGCCUGCAGACGCUGCUCAUGGGGGGGAACCCACUGGUGUGCGACUGCCGGCUCCUAUGGCUGCUGAGUGGCCGGAAGCCACCCUUUCUGCAGCUCCCUGACCCCCAGCCCGAGUGCAGUGCCCCUGAGCGCCUCCGUGGGAAACCCCUGCUGGACCUCAAGGAGCCGCUGGUGACACGGUACGUGAUCUGCACCAAGCCCCGGAUUGGGCCCAACACCACCCAGCUGCUGCUGGCAGAUGAGGGGAAGCCUGUUCGGCUCAACUGCAUUGCAGACGGGGCUCCUCGGCCCUCCAUGGCCUGGGUGACGCCACACAGACAGUAUGUCACAGUGAAAAGCACCGGUAGAGUGACGGUCCAUACCGACGGCACCCUGGAGAUCAAGGCUGCAGAGCUGCACGAUAGCGGCGUGUACCUGUGUGUGGCCAGCAAUGCGGCGGGCAACGCCAGCCUGUCGGCCUCGCUGGCGGUUAAGAGCCUGGGUAUCAGCGACACAUCGCUCUACGCCAACAAGAUUGGACUCCUGGCGGACUCCAACGGGACCUGGGCCAACGGGACCGUCCUGUACAAUAUGACAAACCCCAUAGACCUGAAGACCAUCAUCAUCUCCACAGCAAUGGGCUGCCUGUCCUUCCUGGGCGUGGUCAUAUUCUGUUUCCUCCUCCUGUUUGCAUGGAGUCGUGGGAAGGGAAGGCACAAGAGCAACUUUGACAUGGAGUACGUUCCCCGCAAAUCGAACGGGACAGCAGCGGAGGCAACUGAGACAAGCGGGCCCAGACGAGUCAACAUGAAAAUGAUUUAAUUUAACAAACGGACCAACUCAUAUGAUAGUAACAAACAAAAUACAGUGCAUCUCAUUUGCAAAUAUUUCUUUGAUACAGUGGAGUCGUGAAAAUGGUUGUGAUGUACCGAUGUAGUGGUGUUGAUAUGAAGAUGAUCUAGUGAUUCAGUGGACAUGUUGAUAGAAAAGUUAUCAAUGAUACUGUGGACGUGUUUAUAUAAAAUGAUGUAAUCAUACAAUACACUGGAUAUAAUACUAUAUAAUCCACAUAUCAAUAUGACAGUGAUGCAGUGAUACACCGCUGGGCAUGUGCUAGUUGGUGAUGUAAUGACUAAUGAUGUUGUGGACUCGCGUGACACCAAGGUGAGAAAGGAAGUCUCUUGGAAUGACGGGAGAAGUUGAGAUGACAGUGGAGUAAAUUGUGUCUAAUACCCAUCUGAGCUGCAGGUGUGAGUGUGCGCGUGCGUGUAUGUGUACUGCCUUUGUUGUGUGACAGGGUAAUCAUCAAGGAUAAUAGGGUCCAAAGUUGUUUGACCUGCCUUUGUAUUUGUUAAUUCAUUGUAACAACAGUAUUGUCACUGUUCAGUAAAAUAACGUAUGUUUGUAUGCACAUGCAAAUCCCUCCAAACAUUAUCCAAGAGACCUGUUGCAUAUAUUUUCAACUAGGUCAUUGUUUCCCUUUGUACCACCUCAAGAUAGGUAUAGAGGGAUUUUAGCAAAUCAACCUUCAACUCAAGGAACAUUUAUACACACGAUAUUUACAACUUUAAGUGGGAUUUCAGCUCAAAUCACUAGAAAAACACAAGACAACUUCUUGCUGAAGAAAUAGUAGCAGCUGAAAAUGUUGGUUAUUGCUUGGAAAAAGACCACAGGUGAUAAAAUUUGUAUGUUAAAUCCCCUUUUAUUACCUUAUAAAUCAAUGGCAGAUUUUCCUGUCAGCAAAUUCUCCUGAUGUAACAUAAAAAAAUGGUCAGUGACUAGACUAGACACAAUAGUAAAGAUUUACUGACCAAUGUCCCCCUUGGAACAGGACAAAUCUCAGCCCCGUUGAGUUAUGGGUUGUAUUGUAUCCCCUCUUAAUUUCUUUAUCCCAAUGCUUCAAGCUGGCAUGUCCUGAUGCCUCCCAUGGGCUAAAAGGGGUUUCUGGGUAUUUAAUUGAUGACAUUUGAAAGUUGUGGUGUUUUUGUUUAAAUGUUUUAACUGUAAAAAAUAUAUAUAUAUAUUAAAGGAUGUAUUAAGGGCAACUCUUUGUAAAUGCAGGGAUGUGCGUGUCAACAUGUGUGAUACAAUGUUAAAGGUUGUAUAAAUGUUUUCAUAUGAUAAAUUUAUGGGUAUAUUUUCAACGGAA